AUGGCCAUGUCGCAUUACGCUCCAUAUACCAAAUCACACGGCGACUGGUUUGUACGCAAGUGGGCAGAGUUAAGGCUCGAAUUGGAGCAGUAUCUGGGUGGGAAUAUUCGAGUGCGAAAUCUUCGCGGGCUGUCGAAUUAUGAUGCACGGUUCGCGGCACUGGCCAAAGAGGAAUCGAAGACAGUGCCAAAGCAGCCAGACCAGGAGAGCAUUGGAGCGAUCGAGAACUGGAAGAAGGCUGUAGCAGACAAGUGGCGGCCGUUGAUUGCCGAGAAAGCGGCGGAUAAAGAAGUCACUGCCGUUCGUUGGGACUUUGAGUUCUCCACGUCAGGCCCCAGCGACAACAACAAGAUAGUCGAGAUCGUCAAGACCGCCCGGGAAAUGUGUAUCGUUCAAUGA